UUCACUGAACAUGUAUUUCGCAGGCCUAGCCUGUCUCAGUUUCCUCUGCCGACCGCACCCCUCUGCCCUGCCUCUCAGCGAGCCAGGCUGAGGCCCGGCCUGCUCCCCACCUGCCUGCGCCCCUCGCCCUGCGCCCCUGCCCGCGGGCCGCCAGGGCGCCUCCGCCCCGGGACGGGCUGGGGCGAGCGCCCGGGGGCGGACUCCUGCCGCCCAGCUGAGCCGCGAUUCGUCACUCGUACAGAACUUUCCCCCUUAAAAUCCCCGCUCCCUAACCAGCCCUCCCUCCCCGGGGAGGUUUUGAUUUUAGUGGCUUUCCUUCCUUUUAUUUUGCGUCGUGUUGGGGGUUGGCAUCGAAGCGAACUUGCGGCCGGUCCGAGUGCCGCUUCAGAGGUGGCCGCCCUGCCGCGGUGACCCGGGCACCAUGCACUCCGAAGCGGAGGAAGCCAAGGAAGUGGCCACAGAUGUCUUUAAUUCCAAAAACCUGGCCGUUCAGGCACAAAAGAAGAUCUUGGGUAAAAUGGUAUCCAAAUCCAUCGCUACCACCUUAAUCGAUGACACAAGCAGUGAAGUGCUAGAUGAGCUGUACCGGGUGACCAGGGAGUACACCCAGAAUAAGAAGGAGGCCGAGAAGAUCAUCAAAAACCUCAUCAAAACAGUCCUCAAGUUGGCCAUUCUGUACAGGAAUAAUCAGUUCAAUCAAGAUGAGCUAGCGCUGAUGGAGAAAUUUAAGAAGAAAGUUCAUCAGCUUGCGAUGACCGUGGUCAGUUUCCAUCAGGUGGACUACACCUUUGACCGGAACGUGCUGUCCAGGCUGCUGAACGAAUGCAGAGAGUUGCUGCACCAGAUCAUUCAGCGCCACCUCACCGCAAAGUCGCACGGACGGAUUAAUAAUGUCUUUGAUCACUUUUCAGAUUGUGAUUUUCUGGCUGCCUUGUAUAAUCCCUUUGGGAAUUUUAAACCCCACUUAAAAAAACUUUGUGAUGGCGUCAACAAAAUGUUGGAUGAAGAGAACAUAUGAGCAUGAUGUGAAUUAAGAUGGUGACUGCUCCUGAUUUAUCUGAAGAUGGAGCACUGUUGAUUUAUGAAGGAAAGAAGAGUUUUUUUGAAGAGUAAACGUAUUUCAGAGAGACUUUGCCCAAUCCAAGUGUCAGACAUUAAUGACAAUAUCUUGUGAAGCUCGUUUUAUUUGAAGAAAAGCAUAUUGCCAAAAGUUGUUAAAUGCUUCUAAGGGUUAACAGAACCUGGGAAAGAUGUGUGGUUGCAUAACGCAAAUGUCGAGUUAUACAGAGAAAAGUAUGUGUGGCUCCAAACCUCGACACAUCUUUUUUAGGGCAGUUGUUGUGUUCGCAGCACAUUGGAUAUUUCUAACAUGUACAGAAUUAUGUGUUUUGAUUCACUUUUAUUCCUUACUAUGUAUAUAUACCUCUUUUAAAAAGCCAAGAACUUUCCCUUGCUGUCAUUUCUCUGUUUGAGACCAUUCAAACCAUUCCAUUUUCAACUCUACCUUUGUCGAACAUUCUUUUGCUAAAUACUUUUGUCAUUGACAUUCAAGAAUUGUCUUUAUUAAGACAUUAAAGAAUUAAGGUAGUCAAAUUGGAACCCUCAGAGAAAUAGAAAACUGCUUCUCUAUUAUAGAAAACAACUGUAUUUGAGGUUAUGAAUAAGGUUUAAUAUCAGAUAUGCUUCUGGAGGUGAGUCCUGGUUUUUAGUACCAACCUGACACUUCCUCAAACAUGAUAAUUCCCCAGAACGGAAUGGCAUGCCAUUGCUUUGAAAUGCUUGCUGAGGGCUUAACUUUCAUGUUACCUUGAAAAUGUGCUGAUGGAAUCUCCAUUUUUAAUAUUCAUUUCAAAUGUAAGAGACAAAGAAAACUCUAGAUUGUUCUUGAUAUUAGGGCAAUAAAAAGUACGUGAUAUUAAGAAAAUUAAAACAAUCUUCCUUUUAGAGAUGAGCCCAUCAAAAUAAUUUAGGGGAAUGAGGGGUAAAAGGGAAGAAAGGAUAUUACCACAGAACAUGAGAAUGAAAAUGAAUGCAUUUCAAUGUUUAGUAAGGUUUGAUAGGUAAAUAAAGAAUGCCACUUUUUUAUUUAACUGAAAAGGUUUUUGCUAUUUUUUUAUUUGCUAUUGUGAUAAGUAAACCAGUGUAUUUGCAUUUCGA